AUGGCGGUACGUCGCCAUCGGAGCCAUAGAGCUCCUUCCGGUCAAGAGGAAUGGCAAAUGGCUCGGUCCUGGCUGAGCAGUUUAGAUGUUUUACCUGAAUUUCACAGAGCUUCCUACCCGCAUGCAUCCGUCUUCGAUCUAGCACAAGCCCUUCGAGAUGGCGUAUUGUUAUGCCAAGUGGCAAAUCGGUUGCGUCCAAACUCUGUACCAGACAUCAACAUGCGUCCUCAAAUGUCUCCGGUUUGUAAUUUGUGGUUUUUUUUCGAUCGCUUGUUCUUAGCAAGAUUGGCGAUAGUUAAACGUAGACUGAACAUUCUUGAGUUAGAUUUAAUUAAUGUCCAAAUGGCCUGUUGUUUUGUCGAUGCAGUCGAAGACCCACGAUGAUGUUUGUUGAUUUUUUGACAAGCUACACCUUAAAUCACUUUCACUGCUGCAAUUAACAUUUUUACUGCACUUCCUUUUUCAUCCUAACAGUUUUACUGUAUGAAGAAUAUUCGAAGUUUUCUGACAUCUUGCGUACGGGAUUUCGGCUUAUCAAACGAAGCAUUAUUCGAUGCAAGCGAGCUUUUCGACGUCUCGGAUUUUGCUAAGGUAAGAGUCAGGGGUAAGCGUAUAAGCUUACGUGGGCAGAGUAAGUCAAAGGUUCACCCUCAACAAAUAUUUCUAUUCACGCUGGCGCUAGCAAGGAAUUAAUUUCUCAUUGACAGAUCUAGACGGCAUACAUUUUGCAUUGCAGUCACUAACUUCGAACAAGCCAGAGCCGAGCGUGUAAUGCGAAGUGUGUAUUUUAACCUAGAGGAGCUGCUGGCCCUAAUUUAACAGCUUUUCGAAAUGGAAAGUUAUUAAAUUUAUAAAUGUCAAUAUUACUGCCAUUUACAAAGUGCUCAUUUUCUUACCUGUUUGUCUUCCUUACAAUUUUAAUGAGUUAAAUUUUAUUUCAACAAAUAUUUUAGGCCCAUGAAAUGUGAUACAGUUGAUGAAACAUUGCAAUGACAGUAACGAUGUAGCACCGCAGAUGUGUCAUUUCAAUUUUGAGUUCCAACUAAAGGAAUGUUAUCUUUGUUUAUUUAAGACAGUAACAGCGAAUCGGAUAUAAAAUCACGAAGUGGCUGAUUUGUACUGUUAACAAUUAUGUUAUUCGUGCCGAGGUUUACUAUUUUCUUUUCCCAGUAUGCAAAAUUGUUCAAAUUCCAUGGUUGAAGCGUUUUUGGUAACUUUAUGACGAAAAAAUAGUUGUUUAGGAGGAAUCAUCCAGAGUCAUAGUUAAUCUUGAUUAUUUUUUCAAACCCACUUGGCUAAAAGAAUAUUUACUUUAAAAUAGGACCAUAGUGUACAUGUAGUUUACAUGUCUAAUAACCUAGUUUGUUAAACUAAUAAAUAUAUUUGACCUUAGAAUGAAUUAUCAGGAAAUUAGUUGUAUAACAGGGAAAAGUUUUUGUUAUGGGGUAAUAGUUUCCUUCCUUAUUGAUGUUCUGACCCUGGAACAGUAAGUGGCAACAUCUCAUAGCAGAAAAAUUUGUUCCUGUUAAACACAAAAUGAUAAUUGCCAAUCCAUAAAGUACAGGGUCAAACUGUUACUCUGUUAUGUUAUUUUUAAUUCCCUGGUUACAAUGCAAAACAUACCAUGUAAUUUGCUGCUGAAACCUUGGGGUGCACUCAAGGGAAGUCUGGGUAGAGCUCUGCUCAAAUCCUGACCCUGUUUAAGACAAAACUUGCUCAUUUCGCUACACUAUUCAUGGCAGGAGACACAAAAUUCUGACCCUGAUUUGUUUUGUUUUGCAUACAGAAUUAAGUACUUUCAGGAGCCAAUGAUCUAGAGGAAGCAACUCAGGCCUAUGUCAAGGCGUUUUUGCAGACCAGUAUAUUUUUAGAUUCAUUUUAGAGCACCUUUUCCUACGAUAAUGGAAGCUCCACUUCAUUCAUGAAUGCAUUAUAAAUAUAUGAUGUGACAAAGGAAACUUUUGGUUUUGCUGACAGGUUUGUGGGACCUGAAAUAUAUUCUAAGUUCACAGCAAAAUCCUUCGGAAAAUAGUCAGUGAAAAUGCCGUGAUACGUGUACAUGGAAGUUGCUCACUCCAGGUUAUCACUUAUGAGCUCCUGUAGACCACUCAUUGCAAGCCUUCACACUCUGUGAAAGGUUUCCAGUCCAAAAAGACACCCCGUUCAAGACACUCAAUAAUUGGGCGAUUUGUAGUGUUUGUAUUCUUAUUCAACCUUAAAGUACAUUGUCACUGUGUAUAUGUUACAGGUCAAAUCUUAAAGCAGGGUUGUCAAAAGUAGCUGGCUGCCGGCAAAAAUCACCACCCACUUGGUUAGUAUCGGCUGGCUACUCUGUUUGGUAUUAAUUUUCUUUACAGAUGGCGUUUUUAAAUAAAGUAUCCCUGGCCGCUACUUUGACAACUCAGCCGUCUACUUCAAAACUUUCUGACAACCCUGCUUAAAGUACAGUGUAUAAUUGUCCCAGUGUAUAUGUUACAGGUCAAAAUGGAAUUCAGAUAAAAAUAUCUCAACCUUGAUUCUCAAUUAGGGAAUUGAGAAUCAACCCAGGUUGAAAACCUGAAUUUAAUUUGACCUGUAACAUAUACUGUAAAUUAAUUUUGACAGAUGGUAAUUUUCUUGGUUUUACAGGUUAUUAGAACUCUGUCAGUUCUUUCACAGACACAGUAUGCCAUUGCAGCAGGAUUUGAGUGAGUUUUCAUUUCUGGUGCAUUGGUGUAGUUUUUUUGUAGUACAAUUACACUGUGAGUAUAGUCAGUCAAGUUUUUUUAUUGAACUUUUGUUUCUUCACCUGAUGCAAUAUCUCCUUCUUCUAACUGCCCAUUUUUUCUGUAGUGCAAUUUAUUUUAUUAUCACCUUUCUCUAUACGUUGUACAUAUAUGUAUUGUAAUAAAUAUUUGAAUGGGUAAUACUGUGCCACAAUGUAUGUGUGCCUAAAUACAUGUAAAACAUUAAUUAAAGAAAAGAUUUUUUGUACUGGUAGACCUGGUAGGGUUGCAUGUCCUGCACUUGUACUUGCAUUGCUAAAAAUAGUCUCUUUUUUCUCUUAACUUUGCAUGGGCGCUACAUGUACAUGUAUACUGACAGUUUGUGAAGUUGUCAAGCAUAGAACAUGUAACACAUUGUAAACAUGUAGCCAGGGUUUAUUCUAGAGCGCAACCUUGCGAGAUUUCAGCAAUUUGCAAAAAAUGCUGCAUAAAAUUUACAUUGCCGUAUCAAAUGGGACCCCCCCCCCCAAAAAAAAAAUAGACCCAAGCAUAAGUACCCUUUUUUUUCAAAUAAAGUAUUCAAAAACAUCAGUGACAACAACACUGAUGUGAUGGCCACUCUAUAAACCUACUUUGAACUUUUAUAGCCUCUUACUGUCUCAAUUGCCUUUGUCUUCUUCGUUUGAGUCAUUAUUUCACCUGACAAACAUUCUGCAGUAAUUCGAGUCCAGGCUUUUUCAUUUGCCUAGAAAUGAGAAUUUUCCAAAAUGGCAGCAAAGCGUCCCCCAAGGCAAAUACCUUUUGAAGGACCCCCUUUCUUGGACCCCCUUUCUUGAAAUAUGGCCCCCUAAAAUUACAGAAGGGGGCCCAUUUGACCCCCAUUGGCCAAUUUCUGGAAUAAACCCUGUGUAGCAGACUGUAGGUUGUUGAACUGACAAUCUCUUCCUCUUCCUUUUAGUCCUUUUCCACCAGAAGAUUCUGGGCACGACAUUCAAGAUGAGGAUAUUUAUUCAAACCUAGAAGAUCUUGCUCUGUAAGUCACAACUCUGUGUCUGUCUCCUUUACAUCCGUCUUCCUUCGUAGAAUCUGAAGGUCUUAUUAGUCUUGAUUCUAAAAGGAGCUGUUGCAGCACUUUCAAAAGAGCCGGACUUGUUACUUAGAACUCUGCAUUGCCAUUGUCACCCUGGUGACGCCACAAUACUAGCUUGAUUAUUCAAUCAAAUAAUAUUUAUUGUUAUGCAUUCAAUCCUGUAUACUUUUUCUUUGGCACACAGUUUUUAACAAACUAAUGGGCAUAAUGCAUCAGGGUUCUUAAUAGAAGGCGGUACCCGGUGAUUGAUCACCGCUUACUUUGGGAUUUAUAGCCACUUACUUUGUGUUUAGGUCGCUUUUCUUUGCUUUGUUUUGACGCCUCUGGCUUUGCUGAAGAGCCUCCUACUUUAUCAGUGAUCACCUCCUACUUAAAAAUCUAUUGAGAACCCUGAAUGCAUGAAUGCAUGUAUAUGGAUAUUGUGUAAGUCCUAAAAUGUAGGAACUCUUUUUGUGGUUAAUUGGAAUGCAUUAUAAUGAUUUACUGUUCUUUAGGAAUCGUGAUAUAAUUGAUGAAGAGAACCCCUAUGAUGCGGUGACCAUUGAGGAAGAGGUCAAAAUUUAUGACGACCUUGUUUCUUAUCAGAAAGUUCCGGUAAGGUGUACUACAAGUCAUUAUUUAUUUUUAUCAUAAUGAUUUCAUCUGGCUUUUUUGAUCAUUCUCAUUUCAGUUUGCAAAAGAAAGAAAGGGUGUAAGUAGUGUUUUAAUUUAAAUUUGCAAAGUUUACAGAAUGUUACAGUUGUUUUUAUUCUGCUCUUUUAGAAACCUGAGCGACAAUCUUCAGUAGAAGAGAAGAGAAAGUAUGUAGUAGCAGAGAUCCUUGAGACAGAGAAGAGUUAUGUAGAAGCUCUACAAAUGAUUCAGGAGGUAACACAUUGCUAAUUUAGCAAACAUAAUACAUUGUACACUGUUACAGAAUGUAUUUUUAUAAAGUUAAAUUUCUUCUCCCCCCAUUGGCAACCAUUACAAGUUACUGCACCUUUCCAGAAUACUCAAAGGCAAAUUUUAUCAGUCAAAUAGCUGUAGUGGGAGAAAAUGACAUUCAGAAAUUUUCAGGUAAAUCAUAAAUUUUAUUUUUUGUGUGUUAAUUUAACAUCCAAAAGUCCAAAAGUCUUCAUACCAAGCAGUAAAAUGAAGGAAUUCCAAAGAGUACAGAGUGUUUCAUAUGAAUUGUGCUGACUUUGUCCAGCCACAUGCAAAACAUUUUUUGCCGAGUGGGUGGAGGCUGGGUUUAAUUUGCAUUGGUGUACAGGUGCCACUAAACAUCCUGUAACCUGACCCCUAACCCUAAUUUUAACACCUUCAGUUGCACCUUUUAGCACCUGCACCUUAAAACAACAUUGUGUGUGUACAUUGUAAACCCGGGUGUGUAACAACUUAUUGUGGAUGCAUGGCUUUUUUCUGAAAAAAAAUUUACAUAUAUGCAUCACCUCUUAAAUGUGUAUCACUGAGCCGUUUACUGCCACUUUAUUUGUUUUUUACAUUUUGAUAUAAUUGUGCUUUUUCUUUACAGCAUUUUAUAAAAAAAUUACAAAUAUCACCAGAUGACAAGACCAGAAUCUUUAUCAAUAUAGAGGUAUGCUCUUCUUAACACUGCAAUGAUUUGGUUUUAUCAGUUGCAUUGAUAAGGUAGAUUGGCCAUUGUUUAGUGGUUUGCCAAUAUUAAAUUAUAAUCAAUUGUUGAUCAAAAUCUUUAAUCAGUGCAAUAAUCGAUUAUUGUGUAUAAAAAAAAUUCUUAUUGUCAAAUAAACAUACCCAGUAUGUUAAAUUAAAAACUAGUGUCUUGCGUAAAUUUAAUGUUCUCAUAAUAAAAGAAGAAAGAGAAUUUAAUCACCCAAAAGCCAGAAAAAUUGUGAGCUUAGUGGUCCACAGUGAAAAAAAAAAAACUCAGAAAGUUUGUAUUUAUACAAUUACUUUGUGUACUUUGAUUUGAGUUGAAAAAUAAACGGAAUUCUUAUAAAAAAAAUUUGAAUUAUAAUCAAUGAUCAAUCUAGCACUUGGGUCAAUUUGAUUACAUCCAAUGAUCAAUUUAUUAUGAAAUCUCUUGAACCUGAUUUCCAACUCUACAGUAGUUACCAUUGUUCUAGAGAAUUAAGCUGAUUCUUCGAGCAGUAGCCCUUCAUCAGAGUGGUUUCCCUCUUGGUAAUCAGUCUAAUUUUCUUAUCCACUUUCUUAUCCCUCUGACAAGCACUUUAUUAAAUUUGGUUGUCCAAAACCCAAGAGUUCUUGUCUGAAAAGUUUUGCCAGGUUUCCAAGCCAAAUGGAGCUCACCAAAAAAAAUGAAAUGGCCCCGGCUAUAUGGCAAAGUUAAAAGGAAUUAUUAUGUACCCUUAUUUUGUCAAGUAUGAGGUUUGCCUAAUUGAUGACUAUAAGAUAAAUUUUAAUUCUACUGUAAUUUGAAGUCAAUUUUCACAUGUUUCUGUAUUUUUUCGUAUUAAUGAUAUGCUUGUCCCAUGGACAAGUCUUGUCAAAGGUUUACAUGUCUGAACUAUAUUUCUACCAGUCCUGGACAAUUAUUGGGAUGCUAUAUAAGUAUAGUGAUUCUUUUUUGGCUGCCAUCAUCUUAAUCAGCAUCAUGUUCAUCAUCAUCAUCAUCAUUCGUGAUAUAAUAAUUUAUAAUGAUAAUAAUAAUAAUAAUAAUAAUAAUAAUAAUAAUAAUAUUUAUUAUUUGGUAUUGCACAAAUUAACAUAUAUCAAAUGAUCAAAUGUGCAUUACAAACUAUUAAAGCUAACUAAAAAUAUAAUUAUCAAAUUAAACGUGAAUAUAUCUGUAAAAUCAAUGACACCUAACUUAAUUAUUUAGUACUUAACCUAUUACUUACAAUAAUUAUAACUGAAAGAAAUGUUAUAUGUUUCAUUAAAAUUGAUAAAAAAGAGAGUAAAAUUAAUAUACACCUAUGUAUAAUUAAAAAUUGUAUGCAAGUUUCAAAUAAUAAGUCUUUAGCUGUUUCUUAAAAGUAUAAUAGUUGUCCUGAAAUAUUGAAAAUAUAAUCUUUUCAUGCAUUUCACAGGAUUUGCUGAGAACACACACCAAGUUCGCGAAAAAACUUGAGAAAGGUUGUGCCAAUGGAGGAAUAGAAAUAAGUCCUGUUUUUCUUGAAUUUGUAAGUAUUGUCACUAUCAAACAUGUUUUUGAAUAAAUUAAAAACAAACUUUUGUUAUUAGUACCUAGUAUACCCGCCCAGUGUCACGCCUAAGGCAUGAUUGUCACGCCUGGUAGAAAAGUUUGAGCCAUUUACAGCAUUAACUGACACAUUUUGAAAAAUAUAUUAAUUAUUUAAACAAACCAGAACCGAAGAGAGAAAAGAAAAGAAAAGUCUAUGUGGAUGAUCGACUUUCUCCGAAUUCUCUUUUUUUAGUAGGAAGUCAAUGUUCCUUUGUGUUCCUGUGUUCGUGUUAGACGGAACUCUUCGUAACAUCUUUGGACUUCUUCGGAACGUCUUCGGAAAUCUUCGGAUAUUAUCAGACCCCUGCGAAAAAUCUUGAAAAAUCUUGAAAAAUGUCAUGCCUAUAAAUGUAAAAAGGUUGGCAGGUAUAACCUAGUGUAUAUAUGUGUACAUUUGCAGUUUGCAAUUAAGGAAUUUUUCCUCUGUAGAGAGAUGAACUCCUCAAGUAUGGAAAAUAUUGUACAAAGAUGCCGGAAGCUCAAACAUAUGUAAGUUGGUCUGUAUGGUAUGGCUGAUUGAAACAACAUUACCGGUAUAUUAAACUCCAUAACAGAGUGCAAAGCAGGGUUGUCACCACAAUCUCAAGUUGCUGGGUAAAUACAACAAGUUGGUGGGAAAUCAUGCAGCUAACGGUUUCUUUUGGUUCUGUUUUUUUCUAUUAUUAUAUUCUUUUGAAAGUAGCCAGGGGCCACAUUCAUAGUAGCUGGGGGAAAUCCUCGGUCCCCACCUCUUAAUGACAUCCCUGGCAAAAAAUAACAGUUUUACUUUGCCAUUCGGGGAAGCUGUAGCUAGCAUGUACUUGCCGGAAGUCAUGUCAAUUACAUGUAUCCACAAAAAAUUUUGAUAAGCAUUGAUUAUAGUUCCUUUGUAACUUGAAUUCCCCAAUAAACUUCACUUGCAUGCCAUUUGCCCAUUGAGUAAGUUAAGAGCAGAAUUCAUUAGGCCAAUAGCAAAAUCCACUCACCCUGGGCUAUUGGAAACUACUUCCUUUGCAUGCUGCACAAAGAAAAUCAUUAUGUGCAAUUUGGUAAUUUAUACACCAUGUACAUCUUGAUGUUUUAAAUUAAUCCACAUACCAUUGUACCCACAGAUUGAUUAUCUUACUAAAACAGAUCCAAAAUUCAGGGAUGCUAUAGAGGUAUGUUUACGACUGUGCAUGUGUUAUUCUGUACAGGUUGUUUGUUUAUCUUUAUUUUUGUAAAUUUUUGUUUAUGUGUUGUACAGUGAUUGUUGUUUCCCUAGACAACUAUCUGUCUAGUUUGCUUAUGAUGGCUGCGUAAUCUCCUCAUGCUCAUUAUAACAGACAAUUUUGGCAUGUUGAUUGUUCAGUUAAUUUUUUGUUAGUUUUUUUUUAGAGUCAGAUUAAUAUUGUAAUAUCCUGUGUACGAUUUGUAUUUUUUCUUUUAUUUUAGUUUUGUGUCUCUCUCUGUUUAUAUUUUUUAUUGUAUUGAACUUAAGCUUAAAUAAAAAAAAAAUUGAAAAAAUAAUAUAUGACAAACUUUUAUUGAUGAUCUUACUGCACGUUGCAUCUAAAACUUUCCAUUCUGCAAUUAUAGUGACAUGUACAUUGUGUACCAUGAUAGUUCUACAGACCAUAAAUUCACUCCUAAUGGUCAGUGGCCACAAGAAAAAAUUCACACACCACAAAAUCAAGAUCAAAAAUAAAGUUUGUACUUUUGGGCAGGGACAAUUUAUUAAUUUGGUAUGAACACUGUCUUGUACUCAUGUAGAUUGAUUACUUCUAACAGGAUUGCCAGAGAAGAGCAAACAGCAAGUUUGCCCUGAGAUCUCUCCUGGUGGUUCCCUUUCAAAGGGUUUUAAAGUACCCUCUCUUAGUUCAGGUAACUAAAAUGAUUAAAUACUGAACUAAUCCCGCUUGGCUGCUUGCAGGGGUCUGGGUGUAAGAAGUAGUUUUAAAUUCAAUUUUUUCAAUGUAAAAUAGAGGAUUAAAAAGAGUCACCAGUGUAGUAGUGUGAUGCUGUACAUACAGCUGAUUCACUAAAGGUUGCUUCGGGGAUUGGGAUUGCGCAUUGGGAAGCUAUUAUUUGGUGUUCCCUCAAGUAAAUCAUUGCAAUUUUGUUCCAUAUGUCGAAAUGCCCAGUGCCCUACCAAUGACCAAUUACCAAAAGUUUUGAUUUAGCUGUAUUAGAUGGCUAUUGAGUGUUGGCAUACAUGAAAAAUUCUAUAGGUGCCUUGCAUACAGUGUGCAUUAUAUAGCUUGUAAUUUCAAUUUCAGGGGAUAGCUGUUAGUGUACAUUGCAUGUUUUUGUGUGAGAAGGACUUCUUGUUUCUUUGAUAUUCUGGGUUUUAGGAACUUAACAAGCAAACUAAAUCAACACAUCCCGACAAGAAAGGUCUUGAAAAAGCUUUAGCAGCAGUACAGGUUAGCUAGUGAUCUCCUUCAUUUUUUACCCGCCGUCGAUGACUAUUUGUUAAUUUUGCAUUAAAUAAGCAAAGAUAUAUACCAUAUAUUAUUAUUUUAAGGAGUUUGCAUUUCAAAUGUCACAGGUCCUUUUUAAUGAUUCUAACUUACUUUUUGGUUAUUUAAAGGAUGUGGCAAAGUUUAUCAACCAGUUGAAACGUGAUGAUGAAAAUUUACGAUCUGUCCAGGAUGUUCAAGAGAGGUUAGGAUAUCUAAGCGGCUACAAAUUAAAACAGCAUUGACUUUUUAUUGCUAAGACAACUGAGUAGUGUCUGAAUUAAAAUGGCAUUCUUUUUCUUCCCUUCUAUGUUCUGCUGAUAGCUUAAGCAGUGAAGUGGUAAGUACAUAUUCUCAUUGUUGAAAAAUAACUGACAAGGAAAUUGCUGAAAUUAGUACUCAUUUUUGCAACAUAUUAUAGAGAGUGCUGAUUGAACAGGCGAUGUUAAUACUCCGGAAGCUCAUAAGAGGUUGAAAUGUGUAACUCGUGUUCAAUACUCGUGAAUAUUUUGUUGUAAACCAUAUUUGGAAACCCUCGCUGCUGCCUGCAAAAAGCAGGUUUAGCAGCAACUUUGCAUGUGUGUCACACUUUUUUGUACUUUUCGUUGCUGUCACUGCAAGACUACAAUGUGAAACUACCUUAUUUCAUGUUUUGUGGAAGGUGAAAACACAAGACAACAACUUUCUUUUUCUUUUCUUCAAAUUUGCUAACAUUUGACAAACUGAAUGAGAUGAAAUAAGUGUGUUAAGUUUGAAGCAGCACAAUUCACUUUUUAAACUGAGUUACGCUUUUGUAGAUGUCAAGUUGGAUCGGAGGGUCAAUCUUUUCUUGUCGUUCCAAAUAUGGUACUUUCGAAAGUGAAUAUUUAUGAGCAUCAGAGAAAGCAAACAUAUGAUAGUUACACGUUUCAACCCCUGAUGAGUUUGUGAUAUUACUAAAUCAAGCAAGAGCUUACUAAUUUCAAUCUCUGUGUGUUUGUUUCUGAUGCAUUUUUUUCUCUUCAGGAUAUUCAGCUUGUGAACUUUGGCCAUCUCAUCAAAGAUGGUGAGCUUCUUAUAAAAGUCAGUGAUCAGCCACCAAAGAAAAGGUGAGAGUAUAAAGUUAAGAUUUUUAAAUCCAAAUUUAAAUCUUCAAUUUGUUAUCCUUUUCCGUUGUGGGGCUCAGUUCUCUGGGAUAAUCAAGUAAAGACAUCGUACAUCAGUAACUCAAAUUAAACAAAACAGCGUUUCAAGACGAAAUGAGAAACAAUAGAUGUAGUUGCCAUUCUGACUCAGAUGCUGCAGCCAAAUUUUAGAAGGAGUGUUGUGAUGCUUUGUGUGACACCGAAUUUUAGCUCAAAUGCAUAUAUAGAGAGAAUGUAUGAGAACCCUGUUAAAAUUCAGCAUAUUGUCUGACUCAGGUUUUUAAAUACAGUUUACCCUAUAGUGACUAAAAGUAUAUUGAGGGGGACUUGAAAAGUGAUAUGUAUACUCUGCUGGUUCUGAAAUGGUGAAGGGUUAGACAAUGUUUUUUUUUUAACUUGUAUAUCAGAUUGAUCAAUGCUUUUUCUUUCAGGCAUGCUUUUCUCUUUGAUACAGCCUUAAUUAUCUGCAAGACAAAGGUAAGCUGUAUGGUACUUCGCACCUGCAUUUAUUGACCAAUUGACCCAAACGCACAGAAAUGCACCAUAAGUGUGCUUGUCUUGAUCGUCGCCUUUUUUUAUUCUGAGAUGUCUGAACAUUGCCAUUGUGCUUGUUUGCUGCCUCAUUACAUCAGUGUAUCAUGCUUAAAAACUCUAAUUUUGUUGCGACAGUAUAUGGGUCUUCACUGUACAUAGCCUGUGGGGCAGGAACGCGUGACGAACCCCUAAGAACGUCUGCGUGGGAGGCUUCACUGUACAGUGUACAUACAGGAAAGGGCAGUAGUGCAGGCUGGCCCCAGUUGUUCAAAAGGCGGACAGCAGUUAUAAUGUAUCCACUGUGCAAAUCACUUUUCCGUGGAAAACUAGUUAGCUUAUCUAGCGUAAUGGUUAUAAUGCCUUUUGAGCAACUUGGCCUGAACGAUAGAGUCUAGCUAGUAGAACGACUUUGUAGUCUAUUCUGUUGUACUUUUGCAAACUGCUUUGCACAUUUCUUCUUGACCAUCACCUUCUUCAAUAAAAUUAAUUUGUGUACUUCUGUUAAGUUUGAUGACAAAUGUUGUGAUCACUUCUCUCUAGGGUGACACAUAUCACCACAAGCAAUCUUUGCAUCUUCAAUAUUUUGAAAUCCAAGACAUGCCUCAAAAUCCAGUGAAGAAUAAGGUGAGUUUCGUGUGAUUGUAAGUUUGAUUAAGGUGAACUUGAGUGCAUCUUAACCCUUAACGGUCAAGGACAACUUUCUUCGCUAACUUGUGCAGAGGGAAGAGAUCUUUCAAACCAUACCAGAAUGAGCACAAUUCAGUCAAGGACACCGGAGAAAGAAGCAAAAAACCACGUGACAAGGACCUGAAAAUCUCCAUGAAAAUCUUGUUCCAUUACCCACCUACCUUUCCUUUCACCUAAUCCUAAGAUCCUAAAAGCUUUCCUAAAAACUCUUCCCACCAAAAUGAAGCCUACUAAAUGCCCAGCAAGAGAAAAAAAAAUGAGGCAAGAAAAGCGAAAAAAGAAGGGAGGAGAGAAAGCGAAAAGUAAAAGUCAAGACUGCUGUGUCACUUUUAAACCCAAUGUCGAAAUUUUGCUUUCUGCGCAUGCCCGAACUUCGCAAGCUGAUAUUUUGCAUCUGGAUCAGAAGGCCGCCAAGUGUACGACCUGCAAACCGGUUUGUGGUAAGUUUUAGCUCUUUAUAGCACGACAGUGACCAGAAAACAACUCGACUAGCUUCAAAACGCGUUUUUCGGCAAAAUCUCCAGGAGCGAAUGGGUUAAAGUGAUAACAAAAAUGUGGCAAAUUCCUCCCAUCUGAGUGUCACAAAAAUGCGACAUAAGUAUAUGCAUGGAACGGGAAGCCAUACAUGUACCUCUGCUAAGGGGGCUAUUUACGUGAUACCGGAAUGACUUUCAUUCUGGAACGAGUUGAUUUCAUCUCUGCAUUUCUCACCAUUUGCUUACAUGAUACCGAAACAAAAUUUUGUUCCCCAUUUCAGUCAUUUUCCGGUUUUCAAUCCGAAUGAAAUUCUCGCUCUAGUACGAGAUUUCAUUCUGGUAUUACGUAAACUAAAAACGAAAUUCGUUCCAGAUUGAAAAUCGCAAAUCGUGUCAAGUCUGGGGCGAGUUGCCCAUGCGUAUCUGGUCUGGCAAGACCGAUAACGCCUUCGGCUAAGACAGUCGAUUUUAUCUUGUGAAUGCAGUGCGAACUUCAUUCUGGAACGAAACUCAUUCCGCAAUGAGAGUAAUUCCUGUAUCAUUAUAUAAACAAACCCUAAAACGAACGAUUUUCAUUUCCUCGGCACUUCUUUAGUUAAACUGUUGUACGAGUUUUUCAUCAAACUUAGAACCACAUUACAAGAUAUGAUUCUCUUAAUCAAAAUAUUUCUUUACUUCAGCGAUUCUUUUUAAAAUAACGCAGAGUUGUACUUCUUGGCUAUACCAAUUUUGCGAUUAGGACUUGCACUUGCUCUGUCCUCGCGCACGUUUUCCAUUCUGUGCUCUUUAUCUCCUAGCCUGAGAAUGCAGACGUAUUUUCCGUCCUCGCUUUCGCAGGCUAUUUACAUGUGCCUCUAUCUCCAUUCUCAAGCCCGUUUUUCAAGCGCCGCCUGAAAAGUGGAACUUUUCCAGUUACAAACCUAAUGCUUAAGUUGUUAUGUUGCAGUUUUCUCACAGUUGGCACAUGAAAGGUGACCAAGGUAAUGGCCAAUGGAAACGGUUAUUUUGAUUAUUUUGUUUAUUUUCGUUUAAAUAACAUUGGCGCGGAGUUGCUCGGUUACCGGUCGUCUCGAUGCAAAGUUGUUUCGAUACAAAGUCGUUUCGAUACUAGUUUAUUCUUUCGAGGUGUAAAUAGUUCCUAAGAUAUUCACCCAAAAUGUUUUUCUUGUUUACUCGCAAGCUAUACUUGAAGUGGACAAAAUUUUUGUGCAAUUUCACAGCUUGAGUUUGUAUCGAAACGACCGGUUUCCAGUUGCUCGAGGCUCAGCACUGCCGUAGCAAGGUUAGAUUUAUUGGAAGGGGGGUCAAUGACGAGGCGCGAGUUGCUACGGGGUCCGGGGUCAUGCUCUCCUGUAAGAUUUUGAAAUGUAGGGUCUCUGAAAUAGCAUUUUCAACCUUCCGAGAGCAUUAAUUUCCAGCAAUUUCUAAUUUUUGAAGCCAUAAAUAAACAAUUUUCACGCUUUAUCUUGGUCUCUGGAUUUCACGCCGUAGAUUCCGGAUUCCAUGGAACUGGCUUCGGGAUUCGGGAUUCCUUGUCAAUGGAACUUGUAUUCCGGAUUGCAAUCAUUAACGUGAUUCUGGUUUCCUUUAGCUGGAUUCCGGAAUCCAAAGCACAGUAUUCUGGAUUUCACAAGCAAAAAUUUCCCAGAUUUCGGAAUAUGGAUUCCCUUACAUUGACCGAUAUACUGGCGUUAUUGUUUUCUAGAAGCAUUAAUCAAAUUUUCCUUGCUAUAUGAAAUUCAAGAAAUUUUAUACGUCAUAUAGUUUAUCGGCAUAAUAAGUCUUUUUCACAAGUAUAAUAAUAUUCUUUUUGAUCAAAAGGUGGUGCCGGAGGUGACCGUAACUCCUGUUCUAUGUCAACUAAAACCCUGGAUAUGAAGAGCAAAUGGAUCAAUGAUUUAACUGUGGCCAUGUAAGUAAAGUCAAAGGGCAAAGCCCCUAACACUUGUUUUUUUUUUAAGUAUAUAUGUGUACGUUUUCUUUCUCUUCUUCUACGUCUUCUUCUGGCUCUGCCCUUGCUUGUGGUUUUACGUCGUUUGCCAUUAGACGAAGAGUUAAAGGGGGUAGUUUAAUGCCCCUCUUACACGGAUCCGGACAAAUUUUUGAGGGGACAAAAACUUGCACGGAUCCUUCUUUAGUUUACACGGUGCCCGCGAAAUCGUGCAAGUUGAACAGCAAACAGUACUGCAAUCUGUAACAGAAUUUGCACGGUUUCGUGAAAAACGGGUUCCACAGUUGUAAAAUCUUGUCCGAUCAAAAAUUUGUCCGGACCGCUGUAAACGGGGUGUAGGAGUCGGGAACUUUAGAUUUCCUGCGCUUUCGAAAUCGAGAAUGAUCACGACGUCGGAAUUCCGAGCUAAUUAUAUCCCCGAACUCAUGCAACUCUUCCCUGUUGCUGACUAACAAAUAAAGAAACGUUAGGACGUUUGAUGAGUAAGUGCGAUGAAAACUAGUGGUGCUCGCGCUUAACCAGCCAAAUUAGUAUUCCAAACUAAAUUUAUGACAUCUACAAAGUGAUGUUACUCUCUUCUUAGCGAAUAAAUUUGUUCAUCUCGGGACGAAAGUUUAUAAAGCACAAUGUUAAGAAAAUACAGUGAGCAGAAGAACGUCUUUUGAGUAGUAAGAAAAAGUUUCUUUGUGGAUGUUUUGUUUGUUUGUAAAUAGGGCCUCGAACCCUGGCAUCGCCUUCCUUUCUUUUGUGUCCUUCUGUUACGUUUAUUGUCCUGUAUAACUUCACUUUGCAGGGAAAAUCUUACAUUGAAGGGCAUAGACCAAGGUACCUUAUCUUGCUUACGUUUACUUAAGAUCGCUAACGUUAAUUUUCAUUUCUUAGGCUCGUUGACAUGAAUCUUCAAACACUAGAAGAAAAAAAAAAAACGAAAAGACAUACCUUUCUUCGGUUGUCCAGGCUUAGUAAUACUAGCCUCCCAAGCAGACGUUCUUAGGGGUUCGUGACGUGUUCCUGCCCCAAUAAGUAGGGCAGGAACGCGUAACGAACCCCUAAAAACGUCUGCGUGGGAGGCUAUAGUAAUACUUGCCCCCCCCCUCCCCCCCCUUGUUUUCCUGUGUUACUGCACAUUGUGCAACAUUGCGCGGGUUUAACGGACUGAUCGUGAAGAGUCUACAUGAGUGAACCAUCACCGACCAUGAACGUUGCCUCGAUGGGGAACGCUGUUUGCACGUGCCCCUUGCUUUCACCUGCGCACGUGCUCCAAACAGUUUAAUUAGCAAAACAAACUUUUUACCCAUUCAGUAAGAUAUUUUUGGGAAAUUCUCGAAAUUAUUAGAGAGAUUUUGAGUCACGUUUACGGCAAACAGUAAACGCGAUAUUCAGGUUGAAAAUUUCUCAAAAAUGAACAGGUAGAAACUGACCAAAUAAUUUUUGUGGGUAGAAUAAAUUAAAGCUGGCAAGUAAAGAGAAAACUUAGUCACGUGGUACAGAUUAACGUUUGCCGUUUUGCCGUAAACGUGUUUCUGAAUCUCUCUAUUAUUAACCCUUUAAGUCCCGAUAGUGACCAAGAUCAAUUUUCUCCUAACAAUAUCCAUAUGUUACCAAGAGAAAUGGUUAUGAGAGUGAAUAAAAUGAUCACCUAAGAGAAAAUGCUUUGAUCUUCUACCAAAUUCUCUCAACUUAUUCCUUAAGGAAAUGUAUAAAGACCAGUUUGGAGAAUUUGUAUGUGGAUAUUGGGGCUUAAAGGGUUAAUAUCCAAUCUGAAGAAACUCUGUAAAUACUUCUUUGCAUUUUGAGAUGACUCAAGCUUUGUUUGUGUUUUUUGACAGGCAAUCAUGAAUUUCAACUCCACACUUUUACGGUUCCAACGUAUUGUGGAGUUUGUCAUAACCUGCUGUGGUAAGCUGGCCGGGUUUAUACAGGGCUGUAAACUAAGAGGCGAGGACCUGGGGGAAUUUUCCCCGGCUACUUUCAUAGAAAACAAAAGGAAAAUCGAAACAAAAGAAUUUCCUAGCUGUACAAUUCCCCUCCUAAUAACUGCAUUUACCCGGAAACUUGAUAUUUUAGCGAAAGCCCUGUUAAACCCUUGAAAAUCACUCACUCUAUCGGAGGGCCCCAAUAGGGUUAUUCAAUCCCGUAAUCCCGACCAAAAAUCUAGUGCAAUCCUAUAAUCCUGAUGGUAUCCAACCUCCCAUACAUACAUUCAAUCCCCAAUCUCACUCAGAUUGUGUUUAAAAUCCAGAAUUUUCUUAUAACGUAAAUCCCGGAUCCCGAAAAACGCAUUGGGGCCCUCUCUAGUAGUUAGCCAAUCGUGUGUUAGCAAGUCACCCUCGGAGACCGAAAAGUCAACUCAUUUCAGUGGAAACCAAGUUUACACUAGCCUCCCUCGCAAUUCAUGUUCCGAAUUGAACUUAUACUUCAUUUUUUUUCUCGUAGGGGUUUAAUAAAUCAAGGGUACAAGUGUUCAAGUAAGUGUAUUCUCUUAAUUACGCUUUGCAGUAAUUGCAUAAGUUUCGUCUCGUCAAAAGUUCAACGUGUUUUCUUCGAGUUACAUUUAUCGCGUUGUUUUUAUUUCCAUGAAAGUAUAAAGGUCAGUACACGCUAGACAACAAGUUGCAGCAACAUUGUUGUGGCGCAUGUUGGAGAGACAGCUCGCUUUGUGUGCACUGGAGAAUUUUUGUAAAAUCUUUGCUCCGCAACAAAAAUAAUUUUGUCGCAGCAACAUGUCGCAAAAAAAUCAAAUCCGACAGAAUUUGUGCGACUUGUUGUGGCGACAAAUAUUUUCACACAAAUUCUCCAGUACACACGAAGCGGAUGUCGCUGAGACGGUCGCUACCACUAGCCGACCUACCUAUACACUCAGACUGAUCUGUUGCUGCAACAUAUAGCCUAGUAGGUUCCGACCUUAAGCAUUCACUCUACCGUUUGUUUUCCCCGGUAACCGCUAAGUGUAGUGCAUCUGUCACAGGAAAUCCUUCUAUUGUGUUUUUUUUUUCGUCGAUGAGGGAUUCUAAAAUCCAAGAUAAACAUCUCGCUUGUUACCUUGUCACCCCCCUUAGUAUCAUAAGAUUGUGACGCUGUGCUACUGAUCCACCGCCCUUCACUAUCACGGUUCCAUUGUUCCACCACCCUUUACUAUCACUGUUUCACUGUUCCACCACCCUGUACUAUCACUGUUCCACUGUUCCACCACCCUUUACUAUUACUGUUCCACUGUUCCACCACCCUUUACUAUUACUGUUCCACUGUUCCACCACCCUUUACUAUCACUGUUCCACUGUUCCACCACCCUUUACUAUCACUGUUCCACUGUUCCACCACCCUUUACUAUUACUGUUCCACUGUUCCACCACCCUUCACUAUCACUGUUCCACUGUUCAACUGUUCCACCACCCUUCACUAUCACUGUUCCACUGCUCCACUGUUCCACCACCCUUCACUAUCACUGUUCCACUGCUCCACCACCCUUUACUAUCACUGUUCCACUGUUUACCACCCUUCACUAUCACUGUUCCACUGUUCUACCACCCUUCACUAUCACUGUUCCACUGUUCUACCACCCUUCAGUAUCACUGUUCCACUGUUCCUCCAUCCUUUAGUUUACUAUCACUGUUCCACUGUUCCAUCACCGUUUACUAUCACUGUGACUUUGUGCCACUUUUCUAUAAUUUCAUCACCCUUUUGUAUAACUGUGUGAUUUUAUCAUGUUACGAAAAUUUAUGAUGUAUUAUUAUGAUAUUUAUGAUGUAAGUAAACAUUAAGAAAUCGGUGAUUCCGGUACACCAAACGUAAGCCCAACCUUUUGACGUCUUCACCGUUACGUCCCAUGGUAUAUUAAUUUCGGCAAUGAUACUAUCGCGUGGACAAAAACAUUAUCUGGCGGGAAAAUGACAUUAUCCGGCGGGAAAAUUUACUAUUUAUUUUAAUUGACAGUUUGCGAUUCCACUGCCCACAAAGAUUGCAUAUCCAAGAGUAGCGCGUGCCGAGCGAGUCCUGGACUCCACAACCAGUUCUCAGGUACUUCGCCGUUUCGCCCUGUGUCUACAUUGAGGAAUCCCUUUCCUAAACAAACUUCAUCGCCCAUCGCGCCCACGCUCAGUCCAGAUUUGAGCAGAAAGGAAAGGAAGAUCUCGUUACCAGCUAGAUUGAGAGCAGGUAUCUUAUUUGUCAUGUAUUUUUACACAAUGUAGUGUUCAAAGUUUACAGGAGGAAGGACCUCUUAACCCUUUCACUGCCAGAGUGCUUGAUGGAGUUUUGUAAGGUGAUUCUAACUUUUGAGUCUAUGGACGAAAUCCUAUGAUGUGACCAUUCAAAUGAAAUUUCUCUGCCUGUGCUUUCACAUGAUGCCAUUUGUUUCUCAAAAUUUUAGAAAAUGAAAUUUGGAACUGUGGUCGAAAUUUGUCUCUGGCCUCAUUUGGCAGUGAAAGGGUUAAUUAAAAAAAGAAAUGAAAUGAAGUUAAGCUUUUAUGUCAAACAAUUUAACGUCAGUGGAUGUUCCUUUUUUAUGCUCCGUGGUCGAUUUUCAGUAAAUCUAUAAAUUGUUUACAUAAUGAAUUUCAGUAUAUCUCUAAUAAGAGACAAUAUUUUCAUCUGGGGCGGGAAUUUGACAUGCGGAAAGUGUGCGAGAUGCGGAAAGAUCAAAAUAACAGAGGCAGCGUGAUCGAGCGGUUAGAGUGUUGGAAUUGCAAUGCUGAGACCCCGACUUCAACUACCUCCCCAACCGCUAUCUGGAUUUGUUCACGUUACCUCCUGAGUUAAACUCUUUAACCACGCGUGUAAAUAGCAAACUGGUUUACUUCCGGCCUUGUUAUGUUUAUUUGAAUUACCGUAAAAUUCCGAAAACAAGCCCCGGGGCUUAUAUUUUUCAAAGGCCCUUUUUGAGGGGCUUAUUUUUGGAGGGGCCUUUAUUCGGAGGGGCUUAUGUACGGAGGGAAAUUUGCGUUGUAAAAUCGGUUGGGCUAGAUUGUAGUGGAAAGAAAAUUUACCAUUAAUUGCUUUGUUUUACUUUGUAUUCGAGGGCAAAUUCCAAGUACAAGCCCCCCGGGGGGGGCUUAUAUUCGAAGGGGCGAUUUUAACGGAGGGUUUUUUGCGUUACGAUUUUGGGGGGCUUAUAUUUGAAGGGGCUUAGACAUGGAGGGGCUUAUUUUCGGAAUUUUACGGUAUUUGUUUUUCACUUGUUUGUUCGGCCCCACGAGCCUUUACGCUUAGUCUAUAAAUACUGCCCAGGAUAAUCAAAGGAAUUAUUGUUUAGAAGUAAAUGUCCUGUCCUUUGCUGAUUGUUUCUUUCCGUUCUUUUUAUUUCCCUCAAAGGAACUGUUGGUCUUUGUGUAGCGACAUCAAAGUAAGAUUUUGCUUUUAUCGUAUCUGUUAGCUAUAGUAAAAUGGUGCUAUGUAGUGGUUGAGUUGUGCUUACACAGUUGUUUGUAAUCUGCAGCUUUGCUGGCUUAGCUCCUCGUGGCCUCCCUAAUUUAACGUUUGUAGCUGGAGAUGAAAUCGAAGUGGUCAGUAGAUCAGAUCCCGAGUGGUGGGAGGUAAGCUGAGGGGGCAGACCAUCAUGUCAUAGUAUAAGUUUUGCUCUUGUACUGCACUAAAAAUAUAUCCGUUUUCGUAUCGUUUAUUGAGAACUGGGUCUAAUAUACAAACGAGGCUCUUUGGUCGUAGCCUCGACUGCAAGCUAGUUCCAGUUCACUAUCAAAAAAACGAACAUAGUCUUUCAAAUGGUCUUUUGUGUGGCUAAGCAAUCACUUCGCCUGAUCAUUCCAUGGUCAAAUGAUACAUUCAGCUGAUGCGUAUGCGCAGUACAUACCAUUUCUUAGCGAAUUUGCAUAUCACAAGAUAUGCGCGUUAAGCACAUAGUGAGAAACGCAUCCUUUGCCGGGCUAUGUAAACAAAUGUUGUGGAGUCGAAAUAAUUGCAAGUGCAAUCGUGAUUAGACCUUAAGCACUAGGUCAAAUUAGAGCACUCUUUUUUAUAUACCAUUGAGAAUUUACGAUGGACUUGGCCAGAGAAAAUCAAACGUCGUUGAAUACCCCCGAACUCGAAGAAUCAGUAGAGGUGAGAAAUGAAGCAAAGUCUGAAUCGUUGUCGAAGGUUAACUCGGCUUGAACUUUUCUCCAGGCCGUGAAAACUCGAUAUUCCAAACAAAUAUAAUGAUAAUUUAAUACAAUCGAAAUAUAAAAUGACGAUAUUCACGUUUGGAUUCUUGAUUCUCUUCUUUAAUAGGGACGGUCAAGAAAGACUGGAGCAGUAGGCUACUUCCCUCAAAGUCACGUGGUAGGUGAAUACAUACCUCACUGAACACGUACAGCGAAAAGACUCUUCCAAGUUUUUUGUUUUUUUCCCAACGUAUGAUGAAGGCGAGUAAGCAAAUAUCCAUUGACACUGUUGGCAAGAGGGCCUUAAAAUUAGUUUAGUUACCAAGUUAAAAGGUGAUACGUCCAAAACCAAAGAAGAUAUUGCUCAGCAAAGUCGCGAAAUCUUUCAGACGUUUACAGGAUUGUUAUGUCCUUACAUAAACAGACCUUGCCUGUUAAUAUUUACAGAAAGGUAAUGUCCUGCUUCGUUUCAGACAAUGAAACAAUCAUCAUCACGGUAUGAAGAAACUCCGAUAAGAGAAAGAGAUGAGUAAGUAUGCUCUGUGUAGUUGAAAAAAUGAGGCAGUUGCGUCUUGCUGCCCCGUUUUGGAUUUCUUCAUAGCGAGAAAAGACUCUCCUAAAAGCAUCAGUGUUGUCUUAUCUGUUUCCUGGACGUUCUUUAUUGUCACUCGAGAAGGAGUUGAAGCAAGAAUGUCGGUUGUGACUAGAAUGGUUACCUCAAAAUCAGGUUGGACGCCUUAUGUUUAUUACACAACGCUAUACUCUAUACCACGCUAUUCUACAUAUUUUAAUAUGCGAAUUUAUUGGGCACGAGAACUUUCAGAAAAGUGGGGAAAUCAGAGUAGGAGACUUGUGCAAGGAAAAGAGUUGCAUACACUAGCGCUUAGCACCGAUGUACGGUGAUUAGGGUUAAGCACUGUUUUAAAAACAGUUAUCUUUCAAUAAUGUAAUGAUCAAUGCCGUGUAAAGUACGUUAAAAUGAACCGGUCUCGGCAGUUAGCCCUUGAUGGUGUAGUGGAUACGGAUAUGUAUUGUACAUCAAAUGACGCGGGUUCAAGUCCUACAUACUACCUCCUGUUUUCUUCUGUUUUCUUUCUUCUUUUAUUUACUACUUUAAGAUAUAAGACUCCCAAAAUGUAUUUUAAGUGAAGAUGACAAUCUGACUUUGGGGUAUCCAUUCUAGUCGCAACCGUUGCCUCGGCAACUUAGGCGAGGACAGCGCUAAAUGAAAAGUUCAGCGGGCGCCAAAAAAUUCUUUUAUUUUCCGGUUUGACUUGUUAUUGGUCAGGAAAAUGGCGCGAGUUUUUGUUUACGCUGACGACAAGUUGUAGCAGUGCAAUACUAAUAGAUGUCGAGACAAAUAGUUUCUUUAAUAGGUUUGUUUUCACUUUUGUAUUUAUACUAAACAAAGGAUUGUUUAUAACCUGCAGGCCUUACCAUACGUAGUAAGUUGGAGUUCAAUAAAUCGAGGGUGUGUGUUAAAAAUGAAGAAUUGUGUCUUGUCUCUCUUUUUCUUUCAUAGAAUUAAUACGUCUCCUCCACCGGCAAAUUUGAAAGCCUCGUUAACAGGUUUCAAUUGGUAAGUAAUGUAAUUUUCAUCUUUUAAUGACUGGCUGCGUUGAUGGUUCUUUUGAAAGAGAUUUUCCAUUUUCCUGGCUUCUUUGACAGGGACAUGAAAUGGUGUUGCGAUGACGCCGAAAGUCAACUUUUCACGCUUUUAUUAACAGGUUUCUGUUUCACUAAAUCACUGUUCAACUUUGAUAGGUUCGCUGGAAAAAUGGACAGACCGCAAGCGGAAGCAGAACUGCGCAACAGAAGCGACGGUACCUUCCUUAUAAGGGAGAGUGUGAACAGAAGCGGAGAAUACGCGCUAUCCGUGAAGUAAGAACAAAGAAUUGUCUUUUGAUGGUUUGCUUACACGUUGCUCCUUUUUAAUAUCUGUUGUAAAUGGCAAACUGAAGGCUUUUUUAGUAUAAUUGUUAGACGAAUGAAAGAAUGCAUAUUGAGUUUUCCAGUGAAGUUUUCAUUUCCGUCGUCGUUGUCGGAUCAUAAGGUCUCUAUUACUUGCCUUUAAACACCUUAUUGCGUGGGUUGUCUGUCAAUUACUGUGGCCAAUCAGAAGAGGGCCCAGCACUAGCAUGAACCAAUCACGCGUUGAAGCAAGAACAUGAGGGCCGGUGGCAAGCGCGAGAAACGCGCGAAAGAAAAUUACAGUUGGUUUUGAUUGGCUGCGAAAGUGGCGUGAUAUCUUUGAGCCAAUCACAAACCCAAACAGUGCAAAGUAAAGAUAUUCUAGGGGACACUCUAAACCACGUUCUGAUCAGUUACCGCUUGAUUUCUUUUGAUAGAUUUCGAAAUAACGUAAAACACAUAAAAAUCCCGUAUGAUGACGGAUGUUUCUACUUGACAAGAGCGAUCGCCUUUGGAUCUGUUAAGGUAAGUAGCAUUUUUCCUCUGGUAGAUUUAGAGCUGUGUUCUUGGAGGCUACAUUUCUCGUCAAACAUGAACGAAGAGCUAUGAAAUUUUCACGGUUUAACUUCUUCGCCCACCUUAACUUUCUUUUCAUUAUUCCCUUACCUAGUGAAUAUCUAAAUGAACUGUGGUAGGAGAUAACAUGACACGCGUUGCAACAGUUUUGACGAGCAUUGUAGUUACCGGCCAUUGACAGAAAAAGUUUUCAGGGUCGCACGUGUGUCUUGCUACCAGUCUAUCGUUUCCUGACUGUUUGACAACCAGCGGGUACUCCCGUGGGUUCUACGUGACGUGUAUGAUCUAAUGGACCUGGGGUUUGUUUGUCUUUACGUAACCAUUGUUCAACAAGGGUUACCUUAAACAGCUAGCCCCGGUUGGUCAAAAGAUGGGUAGCGCUAUCAUACAGAUACUAUCCAGUAGAAAAGUGUUUGUGUUAGGAAAACCAAUUGCACUAUCCAAUGGAUAGUGACUUAUCUGGCAGAUAGCGCUUCCAUCUUCUGAGCAAAUGGCGCCAAUAGGAUAUAAAAUUGAAACUUAUUUUCAAUCUAGUUUCGAUGUUCAUUUUUUGUUUGUUUGUUUGUUUUGUCACCAGGAACUUGUUGAAUAUUAUAAGCAAAACACUCUGGGCGUUAGUUUUCCAGGCCUGGACACAAAACUUCGGCGUGGAGUGAACGAAGAGCAUAAAGGAAAAGGUACGGACUUUUAAAGCCCCUUGAAAAUUGGAAUAAAUAAUUUGAAGCAGUAACUCCAAAAUAUGUUCAGGUAUGGUGAAAUGGGCAAGAUUUCUGCAGAGUUAACGUUCAGUUCGGUGAACAUUCCUUCUGCAAUGUAAACACUAUUUUAGCCUUUUUCCAGGAGUUGAGGCAGUAGAUAACACGCUUCCCACCACCUGAACGCUUCUCUUUACUAUCUGAACGCCUGCAACAGGCUAACACUAUCUUUGAUGUGGUAAAAGCAAUGUUACGUGGGUGAUGAAAGCGCCAAUGAAAAGCCAUGAAAGCAGCCAAUGCAAUCAAUCUUUCUCGAUUGCUUCCGUAUGUAAAAACAAGUUUAGUCAAGCAAAAUGUCUAGAUUUAGCUUCCUCAAGUUUAGCGUCAUCAUUUUUUAAGUUGCACGACGGAUAUGCUCGAAUAUCUCCUCGGUCGUAGUGUUUUUGCAUCUCAACCCACUUUUUUUAGUAGCGAAUAAAAUUUCGGUAAAAAGAAAUCCAAUUUUAUGUAGACUUUUACUUUGCAUGUAUUUGCAUAUAUUUGAAUCCUCAGAUAGGUUUUCGAAAAGCACCAUACUCGUCGUAUAGGAGAAAAUCUUCUUUAUUUUAUGUUGCUCUGAAUCUUAUUUAAGAAAAUGUUAUAUUUUUAGCUUAUUUACUUGUAGGCGUUGGUUGGGCCAAAGCCAUGUAUCCCUACAGUGCAAGAAACGCUAAAGAGAUAUCAAUUCAGGUAGCGAUAAUUUCCAGUAUUGACCGCUCCAGAAAAUACCAUAACAUACCAUAAUGCUCUUUGUUUGUCACCCCAGGUUCUGUAAAAGCAUUGUUUUCAGUUUCUCUUGGGGCCAUUUGAACUCCCAAGAGAAACUUAAGACAAUGCUUAUGCAAAAUUUUGGAGUGACCACAAAGAGCAUUAUGGUAUGUUAUGGUAUUUCUGGAGCGGUCAAUUUUCUGUUUCAUCCUACUUUAAAACUGUCAGUUCUGAAAUUAAACUGCGUGGUUUCGUCCACUUAACCAAAGUUUGAAACGUCUUUUUAAUUUAGUUGCCAUCCCUUAGAAUUUCUUCCACAUAAAGCAAUGGGGAUUUUGACCUCGGAUAAAUCGACUUUUAAGUAUUUCUGUGUUUCAGUUUUGAAUUUACCCCAUUUUGCCCGCCCAAAUUUUACGGUUUCUGGGGCAUCUUUGCUCGUAUUCAGUAACUGACAAAGACUAUUUCGUCAUUACAAUGAUGAAUGCGAAUUUUAAUGGUAUGCACUUCAGGUAAGACUUCAUACAAUGUCCUAAGAUAUUCCUGUGACUGUCACAAUUUGGGGGCUGGGUCGAUUUGUGGGGGUUUAUUGACAUUCAGGGGAGGGGGGAGGAGGGAUCGUGCAAGAGAUAAAGUCUCCAGAUUUUAGAUCUCUAGAGGUUUGCAUCUCUGUCACAGUGGCUGUUCGUUUUGUGUCCAUUUGAGUUUAAUUGGAUAGAAUUUAUGUGUCACCAGUGGAUUGUAAACCAGCAUUGAUUCUAAUAGUCGGGACACACCUUAGUUUAGAGAUUUCUCUGUACAUGAGUGGAGAUUCUGUUUAUAGCCACUAAACCAUGUCUCUCUUUGUCCUUUAGAGAAAUUCUAGAAUUCUUAUACUCAAUAAAGAAGGUGAUUGGUGGAAAGGAGAAUGUGACGGCCAGGUGAGUUAUUAGUUUUUAAAGACUCCACUGUGCCUUACGCCACUCUUGGUUUACACUAUCAGUGUGAGGGAAAACGCAGUCUUUAACCGGCAUGCAAAUAAAAGAAUCUGGUCAUUAUUACGCAAAGUCUUAAGUUUGCUUGAUAAAAUCUCGGUGGAUACACGUUGCGUUUGACCGCUGUGAAUUUACUAACCAUCAUCGAAGAGGAAAUUUGUUGAACUGUAUGCUCAUCUCCCAAUGUUGCCCGGCUCGGAGCCGGUUACAGUUAUGUUGAGAUUGUAAAUGGCGUUCGUCCUUGUUCUGGGAUCUUUUCUUCGGAUUCUUUCUUCUCCCCAAUGCUUUGCAGUCGUGUGUUUAUGCCCGUUAAGUGUCAUCCAUGCUAAGCAAAGUUGAUUGAUUGAUUGAUUGAUUCGUUGACUGACUGACUGACUGACCGAUUGAUUGAUUGAUUGAUUGAUAGACUGAUUCACGGAGUGAUUGAUUUGAUUUAUACAGGUUGGCUACUUUCCUUCGAAUUACGUAGAGGUCCUCAAAGAAAACAUGGAAGCUAAGAACUAAAACAUUGUUAGGUGAAAUUCAUUCAUGGAGUUGAACCGACCUUCCAGCCACCGUAGUCAAAUGUGAAAUACCAAGUUGAAUCUUUGAGGAUCAAAGCUCCACGUCAAGGAAUAUGAUAAGCCAAAAAUGGUCGCCAGAGCGCAAAUGUUUUAAUCCAAUGAACGUUGGAAUGAAAUUGUACGCUCAUGCAGAUAUACUUACAUAGAAAUCCAUAAAGGACAAUGGUCGACGUUAAGCUGCUAUUAUGAGCAAGUGCCAAGUCGAGGAUAUCAUAGGACAAUAUUUUAAUUAUAACGUGCAGGAAUGAAUGUUACCUGCCUGGCAAGUUCAUGUCAUAGAACAGUGUUUUCAUGAAUAGAAGUUUGCCUUUUUCAGUGAGCUUAAAAGGCAUUUACCCGCAAAUUAUAUUGCGAGGAAUGAUUGUGUUAUUUAUAAUUUUCGGAUAAAAUACGUAGAUAGGCUACACAUAUCCUUACAUGAAUAUCGUACAGUCCUGAAGAUAUGCUGCGCCUUAUAAUUCUUGGUAUGCAACCAUGUGACAAGGCACCCAUGUUGGGGUUCAAUAGAACAGAAUUUUUUCUCGAAGAAUUUACAUGAAAAUAGAAUUCAGUUCUCAGAGGAGAGAAAUCCUUUUGUUCUUCACCGCCAACAAGGCCGCCGUGACGUCACGUGCAAACCAGCAAUACACAUGGGAAUUCUUUUUAUGGGGGUGUGGGUUGGGGAAGGGGGAGUCGUAUUGAGCCCAGUCUCUUUAGUUUUACAACUGCGUCGAUCUAAGCGAAGUACCAUCGCAGUUCACUCAUGCCCAGUCCGUUUUAAACCAAGGUGAACAAGGGCGACUGGGCCCGAGAAUUUUCUUGCUGUUGUUUUAUUUAAAAACAAUAUCCAAGAAAUAUUCAAACGCAUCCUUAUGCUUGUAGUUUACUGAUGCGAUCGUACAAAUUAAACCAGACAUUAUAUGCUUUAAUCCCUCCACAAAAUUAGGGAAAGUAAUCCCGAUAUUUAAUUUUAUCCCCCUAUUUUUCCAACAAAAUGAGAGCUGUCUAUUCGCCAAACUUCGACUGAAGGAGUGAGACGCAAGUCGUUUACCAUUGACAAAAAGUUCCCGGAAAAUCCGGUUGUAAAGUAAACUGAUCAUUACGUUCUGAGUCUUUCCAAUCGGAACGUCCAAAAAUGGUAGCUUUGCCGUGGACAGAAUUCCAUGCCAAACGACAUUCGUGUUUCAUUUUCUCUAACUGAUCUUUGAUAUCAGGAUCAGGUUUUCGCUGCCGUUUUCGGUGAAUGGAACUCGACUGAGCAAAUGGCAAUGGUUAACGCGAUAUUGAUAGUCCUGGAUGCUACUAUGUUCUAGUAUUUCUUACUUUUUCUUUUGUACAGUUCCCUGCUGUAAUAUACCUAGACGAUGAUCUUGUGUACAAAUGAACUCAUUCGUCAGAUUU